AUGGCACAACAAGGGGAUCCUGACAUCCGCUUGAUGUUCCAGGAAGGGAGAUCCAACUCGGGUCCCCUCGUGAAGAGACUCCGGCCCACAUCAAAGAAGAUGCCUCCCCCAGAUGCGACUGUCUCCAAAUCCCCGGCCAAGAGGAAAGGCCCAGGCUCGGGAGCUCCAUCCGCCGCAGCCCAGGAGAAGAGGGGUUUGGCUGCACCUCCUCCUCGAUUUCCCUCGGCCCCUACUCGGGACCAAGGAGCACCAGCUGGUCCCCCAGCUCUGAUGGUCCCCGCCGCUACCGUGGCCUUGGCUCAUCAUCACAGCAUAGCUCGAGCCAAGGCCAGGAACGAAGAGCUUAAGGUCGAGAUCCAAACCACUCAGGCCGCCCUGACUACGACCCAAGCUGCCCUCGCCGCCGCUCAACAAGGCGAACAAAGCGCCAAGACUUCCCUAACGGCGGCUCAAGCAUGCGAGCAGGCUGCAAAGGCUACCUUAACCGCGGCUCAAGAGGGCGAGCAGGCUGCGAAGGCUGCCUCGUCUACCCUUCAGGUUGAGCUUGUGGGGGCCAAGGAAAAAUAG